AUGAAGCUUUCCUAUGAAAAUUAUAUGAAUUUGUUAUUUCAUCUAGACCAUGGACAAGAGACUGUUCCGCCUGAUAUCGCAAGAAGGAUUGUUUCCAAUGCUGUCUCACCUGUAAUUACAGUUUCAUCCACACCAGAAUUGGAUAGACACAUUCGUGAUACGUACCAUUUAGAUUCACUUUACAUGUUUUUAAGGUUUUUCGGUGAUUGUGUAUCUGAUAGAGACCAAGCUAAUGAAUACCAACCUUUACGCUCUAAAGAAGAGCCUGAACUAGUUGCUGAACCACCAUCAAAGGCAGAUAAUCUAAUAGAGAAUAGUAGAAAAAGCUCUUUAAAGGUACCUUCCACUUCCAGCGACACUAAGAACACUACCACAAGCACUAGUGGUACCACUGGUGGUACUAGAAAAAGGUCAAACAGCCUUUUUCAAAGGGAUCAAACGCAAUCGCAGUAUGUGAGGUUUACAAGACCGAUAGAUGAUUUGAUAGAGUCCAGUGAUUCAAACGAUAUGCUAUUUGAUUACCAUUCCUUAGAGGUUUUUCUUGAGAACACUCUGCGACUUGUGGAGGAAUAUACUGAUGACAAUACUCCAUUUGAGCUAUUAAAAAAAUCUCUAUAUCACAAGUUUUUCUCGUUGGCAAUUUCCUCUACCACUUAUCUUUCACCCUACGAGACGUUUAACCAUCCAGUAGUGUCAUUAAUUGCAAUUGAUAUAAGUGCAGGACAAGGUUAUGAAGAGGCUAGGGAUUUGCUGAUAAAGUUCAAAAAUUUAAAUCAUACCGUUGAAAAUUUCCCCAUUUUUAUGAGUACAGGCGAUAUUUUACCAGUUUUCUUAUUAUGUUAUAAUGACGAAUCGGAAGAUGAACAAAAUGCGUGCCAACAGUUGGCCAAUCAACUAAAAAAACAAUUAUUUGUGGAAAGCCUUCUACUGCCACUAUGGAAGAGAAGUUAUUCAGAUCAUGGAGAAGUAGAAUUACACCAACCAAUAAUGUCAUCACUAGAGGAAAUGCUAUAUUUUUUACAGAGCCCCACACCAACAAGACUGCCGUUGCAGUUGAUUAAUGUUACUUAUAAUAUUUUGGAAAAAUUGGUUAAAGAUCUUAUGGUUCCUUUCAUGAAAAGGAAAAUAUCAUUUUGGGAAGAAACCAUUUUACAACCAAGGAAAUCGUUAUUUCAUGGAGCCAAUUUUUUCAAGAAAUUGAUGUCUAAAAACUCCAAUGGUUCCAAUAAUCAUCAACCUAUAUCCUUAGGGAAGGAUAAAAAUGGAAAUGAAUAUUUUGUUGCUUCGUCUACCGAGUUUUUAAUGAGAAAAUUGGCAGAUUGGUCCAUGAUGUUAUCAGAUUUUAAGACAGCAUAUUCAACUUAUGAAUCGUUAGUACACGAUCUGGAAAAUUUCCCGAAAUAUUUAGCGUCAUGUUUCGAAUGGUGUGCAGUAUCGGUCCUAAUGGGUGCUCAGAAUAUUGUUACUGUAAAGAUGAUAAAAAAUGAUAUCGAUCCCUUAAUUCAACGGGCUUUAGAGACCUAUGAAAAUUGUGCUGCUGAUGAAGAUUCGACCGGGGAAGAACUUUAUGUUCCUGUACGUUCAUAUGAAACUAGAUGUAUGUUCUUAGCAUCAGAACUUUUCCUGUCAUUAAGUGAUACUUGGACCUCAACACCAUAUGCCCUAAAUAGCUUAGAAACAAUCUUAACUGAAUGUAGGUUGGGUCCUUGUUCGGAAAUUAUGAUUUGGGAAAGGUUAAGCGACUGCUAUUACCAACGUAUCGAUCCAAGAAUCCGCCAUAAAACCAGCGCACAGGGAGCCAAGGCAAUGACAGAUGAACUUGCACCAGAUGAGGAAUCUAAUGAAGAAAUAGUGACUCGAGGAUUAACUCGUAAACGUAAGGCCGCGUUUUUUAGAUUAAUUGCCGCUAACAAGUGGGUGGAACAAAAGCAAUGGAAACAGGCUUUCUGGUGCUUGAAAGAAAUUGAAGAAGCUUAUGCAGGAUUAGAUUUUGUGAAUCGGGAAGAUCUGAUCUUGGCAAGACUAAAGCGACAAAUGAACGAAGCGCAAAAUAAUGUCGACGAAUCCUCGAAUCAAACGGUUGAAUCUGGAGCAGCUUAA